GGGCGUGACCACGCGGCCGGCGGAAGUGGAGCCCUUCGCUAGGGCGCGGGACCUCCCAGGGCCCGCGAGAAAGCCGGACUAUAAGGGCGGGGUCUGGCCACGGAUGGGCACGCGGGCGAGCAGCGGAGAGCAGCACGCGGACUCUCGAAGCAUCGGAGACACGGUGCAGCGGCGGCAGAUAAAGGAGGCGGCUCGCGGCCCGGCGGCCAGCGCAGAGAGCAUGAUGGCAAGGCAGGUGGCUCUGAGCCGGACCCAGGUGUGCGGGAUCCUGCGGGAAGAGCUGUACCAGGGCGAUGCCUUCCAUCAGGCGGAUACGCAUAUCUUUAUCAUCAUGGGUGCAUCGGGUGACCUGGCCAAGAAGAAGAUCUACCCCACCAUCUGGUGGCUGUUCCGGGAUGGCCUCUUGCCUGAAGACACCUACAUCGUGGGCUAUGCCCGCUCCCGCCUCACAGUGGCUGACAUCCGCAAGCAGAGCGAGCCCUUCUUCAAAGCUGCCUCGGAGGAGAAGCACAAACUGGAGGAGUUCUUUGCCCGCAACUCCUACGUGGCCGGCCAGUACGACGACGCAGCCUCCUACGAGCGCCUCAACAGCCACAUGAACGCUCUCCACCAGGGGCCACAGGCCAACCGCCUGUUCUACCUGGCCUUGCCGCCCACUGUCUAUGAGGCUGUCACCAAGAACAUCCACGAAAACUGCAUGAGCCAGACAGGCUGGAAUCGCAUCAUCGUGGAGAAGCCCUUCGGGAGAGACCUGCAGAGCUCCGACCGGCUGUCCAACCACAUCGCCUCCCUGUUCCAUGAGGACCAGAUCUACCGCAUCGACCACUACCUGGGCAAGGAGAUGGUCCAGAACCUUAUGGUGCUGAGGUUUGCCAACAGGAUCUUCGGCCCCAUCUGGAACCGAGACAACAUCGCCUGUGUCAUUCUCACCUUCAAAGAGCCCUUUGGCACUGAGGGUCGUGGGGGCUACUUCGAUGAAUUUGGAAUCAUCCGGGAUGUGAUGCAGAACCAUCUCCUGCAGAUGCUGUGUCUGGUGGCCAUGGAGAAGCCCGCCUCCACCCACUCGGACGACGUCCGUGAUGAGAAGGUCAAGGUGUUGAAAUGUAUCUCAGAGGUGCAGGCGAGCAACGUGGUCCUGGGCCAGUACGUGGGGAACCCCAACGGAGAGGGAGAGGCCACCAAAGGGUACCUGGAUGACCCCACGGUGCCCCGUGGGUCCACCACGGCCACCUUUGCGGCCGUCGUCCUCUACGUGGAGAACGAGCGCUGGGAAGGGGUGCCCUUCAUCCUGCGCUGCGGCAAAGCCCUGAACGAGCGCAAGGCCGAGGUGCGCCUGCAGUUCCGCGACGUGGCCGGGGACAUCUUCCGACAGCAGUGCAAGCGCAACGAGCUGGUGAUCCGCGUGCAGCCCAAUGAGGCCGUGUACACCAAGAUGAUGACCAAGAAGCCUGGCAUGUUCUUCAACCCCGAGGAGUCGGAGCUGGACCUGACCUACGGCAACAGAUACAAGAAUGUGAAGCUCCCCGACGCCUACGAGCGCCUCAUCCUGGACGUCUUCUGUGGGAGCCAGAUGCACUUCGUGCGCAGUGACGAGCUGCGGGAGGCCUGGCGGAUCUUCACUCCUCUGCUGCACCAGAUCGAACGCGAGAAGGCCCAGCCCAUCCCCUACGUCUACGGCAGCCGCGGCCCCGUGGAGGCAGACGAGCUGAUGAAGAGGGUGGGCUUCCAGUACGAGGGCACCUACAAGUGGGUGAACCCGCACAAGCUCUGACCCUGUGCCGGGCCCGCCCCCGCCCCGCCUCUCCGUGCUCCCCCGCCGCCCCCCCCCCCCGCCGCCGCCCCCC